CAACAAUUGCGAUUUUAGGAAAAAAAAGUCGUGUAAAAGGAGUCUCCAAUUUUUGACAAAUUACACCCUUUACUUAUAGUUUUCACUCAUGAAAUAAUCGACAUAACGAUAAUAAGACGACAAGAAACACAAUGGAGGAUGAUAGGGAGCGUGAAAAUGACUUAAAUCCUGGCAAUUGGCUCACGAAUUGGGAGGAUAAAUGUAUCCAAGAUUUUGAAGACGAACCCAAUAUGGACGAUAUUAUACAAGCUGAACGAGAAAGGGCGGCCCAAAAACUGUGGUUUUCAUUCCAAAAUUCAGCUUCUGGUGUAGCUCAAAUGUACAAAGACCACCAGGCAGGUAGAUCUAUGUGGAUACCUUUCCAGAAUUCUGCCAGUUCUGUCACCAGUCUUUAUAAAGACAGUUUAGAAUGCUUAAAACAAGGUAUUGAACUUGGAAUCCAAUGUGGUCAGCAAAGGCGUAGUAGGGACAUAGUAGCAUGGGCAAAGAAAAAACGACGCCACAUACGUAGAGAGGAUUUAGUAGGAUAUUUAAGUGGCAAAACUGCCCCAAUGCGGAGCAAGCCUGGGACUCCAACUUCUAAGCAUAUGUCCCAUGUGGUUGAUUGUCCCCGGUUGUCAAUGGUUGAUCGAGAGCCAUGUAGAAAUGAAUCUGAGCCAGAUCUUAGGACAUUUAGAGAAGCCCUUGCUUUACAAGGUUUAAAUGGUGCCAUGUCAAACAUUAGUAUGGGUCAUCGGCCCAGAGGCUCUAGUUCACCAACUCAACGUAGCCGUUCUACCAACAUAGAUGACCUAGACUGUAAUCUUUUAGAUGAGAUAAGCAAACAUUGUGAAGCUAGAAAACGAACUGCAAGUGGAGAGAAACUGACAGAUUCUCCAUCUAGGAAGAAAAGUCGGCUAUUCUGAUAAUCCUGGUGCAGUGAUGUAGUGUUCCCUUGUGUGGGUUCUGAUUGGAUGAAUGAAUAUCGGGAAAUUGACAAGGAAAUAUAUGCAGAAUGACGUGAAAGUAGCAGGCUCCAACCGAUAUUUUAUUUUCCGAAAUGUUUAACUAAGAAAAAGAUUGAAACUUGACAAUUUUAGGGAAUUUACUUUUUUUUACUUUAAGGGUACCCUAUAAGGCUUAAAUGCUUCAAAAAAGAAUUAAAGGAAAAGGGAAGAAUAAAUCAGACGAUCAUAACCUGUACAAGGGAAACCAACUACUAUAAAAAAACAUGUUGAGUAGAAUCUGUUAAUUUGUAACAAGGCUCUGAUUUAUAGAAAUGAAUUGCCAAUUUUUUUAACAGUGUCAUAUAUCUGUACCUAAGUUGCACAAAAUAUUCCCUUUUUCUAAAAACUUUAUUUUCUUACAGUAAAUUCCGUUUUAGAGAUUCUAUUCAUUUUGGCUAAGUGUACAGUAGAUAAAUAUUUCUAUAAAUGAGGGUCUUGUUUCAAAUAUCCAACUUGUAAACCAAAGUAUCGUUGUUAUUUAUAUGCAGUGUAGCAGUACCAUUGUGAAACACAUACACACAUUUUGAAGAGAUUCACCUGUUUAGUGUUGCAUCAUGGGUGAUAAAUACCUCUUCCUUCUUUGAGUUUAGUCCAUUUUAAGAUUUGAAUUUCCACUUAGGAG